AUGUCUAAGUUACGUGAAUGUUUGAAACUAUCUUAUUGUAGAUAUUACAGUGCUCAACAAGUUAAAAAGAAAUUGCCUAUCAUAACGUGUAAACGUCCUGAAUUUAAUCAUUAUGAAGGACAAACCUAUGCUAAGUUUGAUGGUAUAAAACUUGCUUCACAAGGUUGGUUGCAUCCGAAAUCGAAAAACGACUAUUUUAUAGUAUAUGGAGAUGCAAAUAAAAAAAAUCAAAAAGAAGAAAAUGAGGUAUACAAGAAAAGUUUCGAAGAAAUUGGCUUGUGUGCAGAACUCAAUGAGGUUAUGUCUCGACUCGGUUACGAACUGCCAACUGCGAUUCAAGCUAGGUCAUUUUCGCCUAUAAUCCAGGGAUACAAUACUGCUCUAACCGCAGAGACAGGCUGUGGAAAGACUUUGGCCUAUUUAUUGCCAGUACUGCAACACAUACUUACGUGGAAGAAUCAUGUUAAGGAAGAUUUUAAUAGUCCACUAGCUGUCGUUAUCACACCAAGUAGAGAGCUAGCAAUACAAAUAGCCGAAGUUGCGGAGAAUGUAUGUCAGAAUCUUAACAUUAAUAUAUCCACACUGGUCGGAGGCAAGACCAAGCAGAAGAUGAUAAAUCCUCCAAUAGAAUAUAGCGAUUUAUUAAUAACAACUCUAGGUGCUUACAGCAAGUUAGUUACAACCGGUAUUUGCAAGAUACAUAAUGUACAUCACAUUGUAUUGGAUGAAGCUGACACAUUACUCGAUGAUAGCUUCAUUGAUAAACUAUCUUUGCUGUUGAAGAAAUUUCCUAUACAAUUCAAAGUAGAUAUAAAGAAUCCUCCGUCUGGGUGUCAAGUUACACUGGUCAGUGCAACAUUACCUCAUGAGUUACCAGAAGCUGUGAACUCCUUCAUGGACCCACAGUCACUACGAACAGUCACUACAGAUAAUGUACAUCGUAUUCUACCCCAUGUGCCUCACAAGUUCAUUCGUCUCGGCAAAGCCCAGAAACCCCUUGAAUUGCUGAAACUAGUGCAAGCCGACGUUAAUUUACAAAGACCGGUCAUGAUAUUCUCAAACAAGACGUCGACUUGUGAUUUCUUAGCGAUGUUCCUCAAUGAGAAUAACAUAGAAUGUAUUAAUAUAAACGGACGAAUGGCUGUUCCUUUGAAGAUGGGGAAGUAUGAAAUGUUCAAAAACGGUCAGGUCAAUGUACUCUCGUGCACUGAUAUAGCGUCACGUGGCUUGGAUACUUUGAGGACUCGACACAUUAUAAACUACGAUUUUCCCUUAUACACAUCCGACUACAUACAUCGUUGCGGAAGAACAGGCAGAUUGGGUUCGUCUAAUGAUUGUUCCAUCACCAAUUUCGUGGCUUGGCCGAGGGAGAUACAACUCGUGCAAAAGAUAGAGACCGCUCUGAGAAAACACGCAGCGUUACCAAAUGUCAACGCCAAUAUCAAACGUCAGAUCGAAGACAGAAUCACUAGAAUGACGUCGGCUACAUGA